CUCCGAGAGGAGAGCAACAGCCCAGAGAGAGAGAGAGAGAGAGGGGGUAGAGAGAGAGCAAGUGUGAACGCAGGGGGGUUGCCAGUUUCUAAUCCCAAUCCCACACUUCAAGAAAGUGCCUCUCCGUUUCAGCGAGGAUGGAGAACGCACACAUCAAAGAGUCAGGGGAGGUCCUGUCCUACUUUGGCGUCACUGAGGAAACCGGCCUCUCACCUGAUCAGGUCACCAAGAACCUGAGCAAGUAUGGCUACAACGAGCUGCCAGCAGAGGAGGGAAAGACUAUCUGGGAGUUGGUGGUGGAGCAGUUUGAGGACCUGUUGGUCAGAAUCUUACUGCUGGCCGCCUGCAUCUCUUUUGUUCUGGCCAUGUUUGAGGAGGGCGAGGAAUCUGUCACCGCUUUUGUGGAGCCCUUCGUCAUCCUCCUCAUUCUCAUUGCAAAUGCUGUUGUUGGAGUGUGGCAGGAGCGCAAUGCAGAGAGUGCCAUUGAGGCUCUGAAGGAGUAUGAGCCUGAGAUGGGAAAGGUUUACCGGGCGGACAGGAAGAGUGUUCAGAGAAUCAAGGCCAGGGAGAUUGUUCCUGGUGAUGUGGUGGAGGUUUCCGUUGGUGACAAAGUGCCCGCUGACAUCAGGAUCAUCUCCAUCAAAUCCACAACCCUGCGUGUGGACCAGUCCAUUCUCACUGGUGAGUCUGUCAGUGUGAUCAAGCACACUGAUGCCGUCCCAGACCCCCGAGCCGUCAACCAGGACAAGAAAAACAUGCUCUUCUCUGGCACCAAUAUUGCGGCAGGAAAGGCCACUGGUAUUGCUGUUGCAACUGGCGUCACCACUGAGAUCGGUAAGAUUCGUGACCAGAUGGCUGCCACUGAGCAGGAGAAGACUCCUCUGCAGCAGAAACUGGACGAGUUCGGAGAGCAACUCUCCAAGGUCAUCUCCCUCAUUUGUGUGGCCGUGUGGAUAAUCAACAUCGGCCAUUUCAACGACCCCGUCCAUGGAGGCUCCUGGUUCCGCGGUGCUAUCUACUAUUUCAAGAUUGCUGUUGCUCUCGCUGUGGCUGCCAUCCCUGAAGGCCUGCCCGCUGUCAUCACCACCUGCCUGGCUCUGGGAACUCGUCGCAUGGCCAAGAAGAACGCCAUCGUCAGAAGCCUGCCCUCUGUGGAGACCCUGGGCUGCACCUCAGUCAUCUGCUCGGACAAGACCGGUACCCUCACUACCAACCAGAUGUGUGUAACUAAGAUGUUUGUGAUCGAUAGAGUCGAUGGUGAUAGCGUUUCCCUCGGUCAGUUUGACAUCUCAGGCUCAAAGUACACCCCAGAGGGUGAAGUUACAAAGAAUGGAGGGUCAGUGAAGUGUGGACAGUAUGACGGACUGGUUGAGCUGGCUACCAUCUGCGCUCUGUGCAACGACUCUUCUCUGGACUACAAUGAGUCCAAGGGUAUUUAUGAGAAAGUGGGUGAGGCCACUGAAACAGCCCUGUGCUGUUUGGUGGAGAAGAUGAACGUGUUCAACACUGAAGUGCGUGGCCUGUCCAAGGUGGAAAGGGCAAACACUUGCUGUUCUGUGAUCAAGCAGCUGAUGAAGAAGGAGUUCACCCUGGAGUUCUCCAGAGACAGAAAGUCCAUGUCAGUUUACUGCUCUCCUGCCAAGUCCGCCAAGGCCCCUGUGGGAAGCAAGAUGUUUGUCAAAGGUGCUCCAGAGGGUGUCAUUGACCGUUGCACAUACGUUCGUGUGGGCACCAACCGUGUGCCCCUGACUGGCCCAGUCAAAGACCACAUCCUGUCCGUCAUUAAGGAGUGGGGCACUGGGCGCGACACCCUUCGCUGUUUGGCACUGGCCACCUGCGACACACCUAUGAAGAAGGAGGAGAUGAACCUGGAGGACUCCACCAAGUUUGUAGAAUAUGAGACUGACUUGACCUUUGUGGGCUGCGUUGGCAUGCUCGACCCUCCUCGUAAGGAGGUCAUGGGUUCCAUUGAGCUGUGCAGGGCCGCUGGAAUCCGUGUCAUCAUGAUCACUGGUGACAACAAAGGCACAGCUGUGGCCAUCUGUCGUCGCAUUGGUAUCUUCACUGAGGAUGAGGAUGUCACUAACAAGGCCUUCACUGGUCGUGAGUUUGAUGACCUCCCUCCAUAUGAUCAGAAGAACGCCGUCCGAAAGGCUUGCUGCUUUGCCCGAGUGGAACCGUCCCACAAGUCGAAGAUUGUGGAGUUCCUGCAAGGCUUUGAUGAGAUUACUGCCAUGACCGGUGAUGGAGUGAACGAUGCCCCCGCCUUGAAGAAGGCGGAGAUUGGCAUCGCCAUGGGCUCUGGCACUGCCGUUGCCAAGUCUGCCUCUGAGAUGGUCCUGGCUGACGACAACUUCUCUUCCAUCGUGUCCGCUGUUGAGGAAGGCAGAGCCAUUUACAACAACAUGAAGCAGUUCAUCCGCUAUCUCAUCUCUUCUAACGUAGGCGAGGUCGUCUGUAUCUUCCUGACCGCCGCCCUGGGUCUGCCCGAGGCUCUGAUCCCUGUCCAGCUGCUGUGGGUCAACCUUGUGACUGACGGUCUGCCUGCCACUGCGCUGGGCUUCAAUCCCCCUGACCUGGACAUCAUGGGCAAAGCCCCCCGCUCUCCCAAAGAGCCCCUCAUCUCUGGCUGGCUCUUCUUCAGAUAUUUGGCCAUUGGAGGUUAUGUCGGUGCUGCAACUGUGGCAGCUGCUGCCUGGUGGUUCCUGUACAGUGACGACGGCCCAUUGGUCACCUUCCACCAGCUGUCACACUUCAUGCAGUGCAGCGAGGACAACGAGGACUUUACCGGCAUCCACUGCGAGGUGUUUGAGGCCGCUCCUCCAAUGACCAUGGCUCUGUCUGUGCUGGUCACCAUCGAGAUGUGCAACGCUCUGAACAGCCUGUCUGAGAACCAGUCCCUGGUGCGCAUGCCGCCCUGGAGCAACCUCUGGCUGGUGGCCGCCAUGAGCCUCUCCAUGUCCCUUCACUUCAUGAUCAUCUACGUCGACCCCCUGCCCAUGAUCUUCAAGCUCACUCACUUGAACGUUGAGCAGUGGCUGAUGGUGCUGAAGCUCUCCUUCCCCGUCAUCCUCAUCGAUGAGGUUCUCAAGUUUGUGGCUCGCACAUAUCUGGAGGCCUAAACCUGUUUCCCCCUCCUCCAUACCCCUGUAACACAACAAGGUAAAGUCUAGAGGCAGAGGCCGACAGAGGCUGAAGUCGACAGCCGCGAUACAGAGGAUGGAGAGAAAAAUGGCUGAGCGCUCCCACUGAGAGAGAGCCGCCAACAGACACCUGAUGUCAUCGAAACAUCAAGUGGCUUGAAUACAAAAGAAAACACAUAAGCCAUCUGAAAAUACACCAAAAAAAAGCUGCAAAAUAUUUUUUUUCUGUGUAUGUACUGAGGUUAAUAUAUAGGUGAGAGUUAUUAAAACUACUGUGUUGAUUCUAUUCUUAAAGAAUAAAGAUAUGUAUUAAAAUCAAUCGACUUCAGUGUCCAAUUACAUUUUAAAUAUUAAAUUUGCUCUUAUUAGAUGUUUCAAACCAUCUUCCAGCUUUAGAACUAAACUUUGACAUGAACAGGUUUCUGCUCAAACAGAGGCUCUCGUCAACACACUGACAAAAGUACAUUCACGACUGGAGUUUGGUGUCAGACAGUUUUUUUAAAGUUAGUAGAAUGUAUUAUGAAAUGUGUAAAAUGGAAAUGAUCAAAUAACACAGUAUGAAACCCUAUUUUACUGUUAUCAAAUAAUGCAGUGUAAGACAUAUAUCAAGCACAUCAGCCCUGUCAAUUUCCUGUGAUCCUUUUAGCAUAUGAAGUACAUUUGCGUGGAGCCAUGAUAGAGAAACCUUAUCAUUGUAUAUUGAUAAUGAACUUAAAGGUUAAAGGAAAGAAUGUGACAGCCUCCCUUUAAUUUCUUUGAACACAAAACAAGCUGGCAAAGUGUUAGAUAUUCACAUUUCUUCAUUGAUUUUUCCUCAUCCACAAUCAUAAAUUCGCUUAAGUCUAAAAGCUAGUACGGUUGUAGUAAGAACAAGAAUAGUUAACAACGCUUAGCUGAAAAUAAAGACGACAAAAUAAAUGCACAUAAUAAAAGAUCCAAUCUGAAAUGCAGUUAAUUUAAGAGAGUUUCUACUUUGCAUCAGGUCAUUAUUGCAUGGUGAUGCAUUGCUUUUAGAGGUCCUUCUUCACAGAAAAGUCUGCCUGGAGAAAAUGAUCGUGUAGUUUUUACAGUGCAAUAAAAAUGCUGGACUGUUGAGUGUUUAGCCGGAGUCAUGUCAGUGUUAUCUACAUAAUGCAUUUACAUGUACAUACAUGUUAGUACGGAAGUAAAUGUGUAACUGGAUGUAAGAAAACAUUUGGACAGUGUCCCCCCCAAAGCUGUCAUGGUUCAUCAAAAAUCACUUUGGUCACUGAGAACAGUUCUGGUCACUGACACCAAACUAUCAUCCCUGAAAAAUACAAAAAAUGUCUCUCCAGGAGAAUGCAUCCAGUGUUACAGGUACAAGCAGCACCAGCUGUGAUAAUCCCAGUAGUCACGACAGUAUUUCAUGUUUCAUGGUGGUGACGGCUCCCCAUCAGUCCCUCUUGGAAUGUUUUCUCUUGGUCUGUGCUCUUUGGUUCCAACGUGACUCUCUA